AUUUUGUGUACAUUGAAAUGGAGAAGAGAAAGGUCCUACUUAAACUUUGAUAUUUUUUUUUAAAAAUUUGUAAAUUAUGCAUUAUUUGUGUUUUUUUUAAUUAUGAAUUUUUGAGUUAAUCAACUUCAUGGAUUUCACGUGCAAGGGUUGCAGUCUAUCUUUCAAAGACCAGUUCGCUUUCUUUAUGCAUUUUUUUUCGAAUUUGUGCAUAGCUAAACAAAGGGAGAGCACCGAGAAGGAAAAUAGAACUGUUCUAGAUGUAAAGCAUUUGCGAUCCAAUGAGAGCAAUGUUUGUGAAGUUUGUGGGAAAUUCUGUUGGCCUUUUGCAGGUUUAGCAAAACACAUUUUAACUCAUGUAGGUGCUAUGCCUUACUUUUGUCCAUUUUGUCACUUCUCUAGUCUUUCGAAACUUCACCUACAAUUACAUAUUUCCUCCCAUAGUUCCCGAGCAAUAAAUGGAAACCAGAAGUUUCCUUCAAAUCUUAAUCAUGUUCAUGUAUGUGACAGUUGCAAUUGUGCAUUUACGGAUUGGAAAGAUUUGGCCGUGCACUAUGUGAAGCACUUAAAAGAAGCACCAUUUAAAUGCAAUAUCUGUUGUAUGAUGUUUCUAGAGAAAGAUGAUUUUAAUAUUCAUAGGCAUUUGCAUAAAAUUUCACCUUUCUGUGAGUUCUGCCAGUUAUCUUUUAAUAAUCGUCUUGACUGCCUAGAGCAUGUGUUAAGUCAUAACAAAUCCAAAAUGUUUCGCAAAUUUAGCCUUGUGGUUCCUUAUGAGCGAUUGAUGAAGUUGAAGACUAGUUGGUAUCAUGACUUUUUCUCAGGUCCAAGUAUUUGUGAUCAGCAUUUGCUUGAUAAUUCUAGUCAAUCACGUAACUUUCUUACAGAAGAAAAUGAUUCUGCGAAUUUUGAAAACCAGAAAGAUGAUAAAUUGCUUCAUUUAAAUUACCCUUCAGCACAAACAGUGCCUUCAACGUUAAUUGACAUUGAUAUUAAAGAAAAUGUAGUACAUAUAUGUGAAGCUACUUUAGAGAGCAGAAAAAAAGAUAAAAACAUUUGUAGUUUGUCUGAAAAGCCUAUGGUCUCUGACAGUCUUAAUUGUGAAGAAACACUUGAAAGGGCUAUUAAUACUUUUGGAUAUUCCAAUAAUUUGAAAAUUUCCUCCGAAAAUGAACUUAAUUCAGACAUCACAUGUACUUCAGAUGUGUGUGCCAUUGAAACAGAGUCAACAAGAUCCUCUGUUCAUCCAAAAAAAUGUUCAAAUACAAAACAGAAAUUUAAAACAUCUGAUUGUUUGGUUAGACUACCAAAUUAUGUACAGGAUACUGAGUCGUGCAAAAACUUUAGUAAUGUACAAAGCUAUGAAUUCAAGAACUUUAAUAAGUCAUGGAAGGAAGCAAAUUUCAGAUCAACUAUUUUAAAUAAGAAUUCCUUAGUUUCAGAAAAUAGGUCAAAUGAUAAUAAACUGCAAUUGUCACAUCAAACUUUACAUAGAAGAGCAGUUGCAAAUUAUGAUUUCUAUUCAAUGCAAUUUACAUCUAGUCAUUCUAAACCAAUGUUCGAUUACAGUGUGCAUAAUAAUCAGAAAAUUGAUGAGGUGGAAAUCCGAGAAAAUGUGUCUCAUUUAUGUGAAGUUAUAUUUGAGGAAGGGGAAGAGGAAAUUUCUUUCAAUUGUGGUUUACCUAAAAAAUUCAUAAAAUGUUCAACUUCAAAGAGAACCUCGGAAGCAAAUUCGGAUUUAUUCAAAUUUUCUAAUAUAUAUGAAACUUCAUUGAAAAGAAAGCUGAAUGGAAAUAUUACUGUCGUAUCAGCUGAUGAUCAGAAUAAUUUAGUUAAAGUUUUAAAUAAUAAUCAUAAUAAGCAACAGCUAAAUUUCUGCAAAGAUGCAAAUAAAUUUUAUAAGAAUGAAUCGGAGCAGGGAGUUAGGAUCCUCUCAUCCACUGCAGAGGAAAAGUUUUCAGGGAGCACUUCAGACAAAGCAAAUAAGAUUAAUUGUUUAAUAGAUUUAGUGAGAAAUCUAAAAGAUGUUUUUGUAGUUUUAGAAAAACUUCCUAACUAUGUUCAUGACAUGUCUUCUUUUAGAAAAUACAAGAAUAUUAAUAAUAAUUCAAAUAAAUUGUCUUUGGCUUAUCAAAAAGACUCAAAAAAGUCAAGGUUAAAAGCUAAAAAUAGCAUUCCACAAAGAGUAAAAAAGAAGAAUUUUAAAACUAAUGCUUGCUCUACUUUUUCUGAUAGCUCAUUAUUUAAUGCUUUUACAUCUUCCGAAAGUUCUUCAUCCACUGAUGAAAUGCUACAUCAUUCGCUUGGAAAACAUCAAAAAUGGAAAAUGAGUGGCACUGACAAGAACAAAGCAUAUUCUAAAACAAAAAGGACUACUUCACAAUCAUCUGUUGAAUCUAUAUUUCAAAAAUCUGAAGAAGAUUCGUCUACUACUGAGUCUUCAGAGACAGAUUCUGACAGUUCUUCAGAUAUUUCUGAUUUUAUGCAUCGCUGGUUACUGAAUUUCCCAAAAAACAAUGACAGCAAUUCUCCAAAUAAUACAUUUUCAAGAACUAAGAAAUCUGUUGUUAAAUUAUGUCAAAAACAGCCUCGUAAACAUUCAAGUCAACUUCAGACUUCAUUGAAUUCAGUACAAAUGAAGAAACCUUUUGUCCAUCUUUGGAAAUUACCAGAUUACAUUUAUGAAAAGCACAAAAAAUGUGAACCAAUAAUGUUAUCAAGUUUGCCAUCCAUGUUUGAAAAAACAGAAUAUGUUUUUCAAAAACAGCAAGUUACUUCUCAAGUGUUACAUGACCAUAAUUACUGUCUCCCUUUUGUAAAUUGUUCAUUCUUAGUAGAGCAUGAUUACAGCUAACAGUAUCUUGUGCUUUGAUUUUCCAAGCAUUCAUUUACAUUAAAUGGUAUGUGGUGUAUAAUAUUUUCUGGAUUUUUAAGUUAAGACUUAAAAUUACAGAACAGUGAACAAAUUAGCAUUUUUUUUUUUUUUUUUUUUUUUUUAAGCAAUAACAAAUGUGAUUGUCAUUGCUUAAGAGGUCGUCCAGUAAUCUUAGAUCUAAUACAUUUGUGUUUGAGUGUGUGUAAAGAUUGUUCUAAAAAGUGGAGGAUUGAAAAAAGAAAAGAACAUUGAUUUAUGUGGAUUCAGGUUCUGGACUCUUAAGAGAGAGGAUGUCUGAUUUCAUUACAUUACUACCAUGGAAAUCUUGGAUAAACCACCAGAUGAUGACUUACAUGUUCACCAGAGUGAUUUUGACUAUGCUAAUAUUGCAAGAAUUUCAAAAUGAUUAGUGAACUCUCGGAAAAUAACAGGUUUAAAUCAAUUUUUAAAAUAUGUAAAUCAAUUUGGACUUGAAGACACGUUCAGGUAUGAAAUAUUUGAAAGACUGGAGAAGAUACAGACUGAAAUGCUUAACUUGACUAAAUUGAAUUAUUGUUCAGUUCUGAUAUAUGUGUUGAUGAACAGUAUGGAUAAGGAAAGACUCACUGGAAGGAAACAAAUCAUUUCAUUCUUAGGCAAGCAACCAAUGUGCAUGGAUUUUGGUACUGCAUCUUUUGUGAGUAAAUCUGGCAGCAGUUACAUCUAGAUGGACAUGCAUCUCCUAGUGUUAGUUAAUAUAUUUGGAGAAAAAAAAAGUUUUACAUAAUUGGAACCUGUUUAUGAUUUAAUAAUUGAAAAUGUGUUUUUGUGUUGUUUUCUGAGCAUUACAUUUUAUUUUACAUUGAUUUAAGUUAAAUUAGUAAAACAAUUUUUUGAAUACAAAUAAAAGCACAUUGUACAAUAAAUAAAGAAAAGGAAGGAAAGCAACAUUAUUUUGAGGAUAUUAGAUAAUACGAAAAAGUCAGGGAAAUUUCUUUAAAAAAACCUGAAAAUGUCAGGGAAAUUCAAACUGCAUAAAUGGUGGCAAAUAUGUGCUACAAAUUCAUUUACUGAUAUUGCUUUGUCUAAUUUUCUCCAAACUUUGAAGCAUAGACAAAUGUCUAAUUAAACAAUUUUUUUGUAAAAGAAAGAAAGAAAGAAAGAAAAGGCAUACAUUAAAAAUAAUAAAUUACAAUACUAUAAAUUUGACUUUUUUUCCUCUCUGAAGGGAAUGCAUUGCCCUAUUUUACAUGGGUUCCUAUCAAAAAAAUUGUCUCAUUUAACGAGUGUUUUGCAUUGUGAGUAAGAUGCUCAUUAAGUGAUAUUCUGCUGUUAAUAAAUUUAGUAUUAAUGAACCAAAAUAUUCAAAAUAAAGACAGUUUUAUUAAUUUGUUAAAUUAAUGGCUUACUAAAUAAAUUUUAUAGUUUAACCAGCAUGCUUUAUAAUUUGUUUAGUAAAAAGAAUUAUUUAUAGUUCUAAUUUUAC